CACACGCACGCACGCGGGUACUUGAAUAACCAACGGCCAACAUCUUGCAUUGACUCCUCAUCCUCUCAGAAGCAGCACCAGACUGUAUCGCGGUGCUCUGACUGUAAACUUCACACCUGCAACAAGAGGAUUGUGGUGUUUAUACGUGUAAACGUGUAUAGACAAUACACUUACCACCGUUGUCUACCGCCAAGAGAUUCCGGUGAGCGGUCAAAGCCCGGAUUCUAUUUCCGCGAGACGACAAGGCGUGCAUAGGUUAUUAUCGCUCGUGGGCUUUUAGAACGAUAUAGGAAUGCUUGAUCUGACAUUUCAAUUUAUCACCGCACAAGAAAAAAGAGAUAUAGAAUUUCCAUUGCCAAUAACCUCGUUAUCAUCGCCUUCUUCCUCCAACACAAACAGUUGAUGCACGUGGUUCGUGUCUGUAGAUGCUCUGCUGUCUUGGCUCGUGCCAGGCAGGCUGCUUCACUCCCUUGGUGAGAAAAUGAGUGACUGUGGUGCUGAGAACACGUCACUGUGACUGUGGAGCUGAGAACACGUCACUGUGACUGUGGUGCUGAGAACACGUCACUGUGACUGUGGUGCUGAGAACACGUCACUGUGACUUUGGUGCUGAGAACACGUCACUGUGACUGUGGAGCUGAGAACACGUCACUGUGACUGUGGUACUGAGAACACGUCACUGUGACUGUGGAGCUGAGAACACGUCACUGUGACUGUGGUACUGAGAACACGUCACUGUGACUGUGGAGCUGAGAACACCUUCUGGAUAAAGGACCAUCCGAGACAUAUAUCUUUAAACACUUUACUUUUGUAACGGUACCAUAGCUUUUCGGAGCAAGCGAACUUAAAUCUGCAAAAUAAAUAAAAGGGGAUAAAAAAAAAAAAAACAGUUUUUUUGAAAAACAUCUACAAGGUUCUCGGCGAGCUCAAGGCGUAUAUCUGUCUAGACACUGACAGGUCUGCUCGUGGCGGUACCAGUCAAGCGGUAAGGUGCUCUGUUUCUCUUCACACAGGUGUAGGUGCGCGCUUAUCCAGGUGUCACCCAGUUCUAAACACACGCCAGGUAGAACUCACAGACUGCGCAGACAAACCGAGUUCAGCAGACUAUUCAGCAGCCGGGAAGAAAGUAAGACCGCUGUAACUACUGGACCAGUGGUGGGAGGAAGAGUAACAGUCGAUGUAAGUGUUGGGGGAGAACACAACAGUCAUGGCAUUCGGUGUCGCCACCAAAGAAGAGAGUUCCAGACAAAGUUCUUCGUGAAGGGAGGUACCUGCCUGAGUGUAGUUCUCACAAUCAGAUAUUUGUGGAUUGGAAACAGAGACUACAAGAUAGUGUAACGUGAAUGGUUCCAGAAGAGACGUCUGGAAGGUGGACGUGAGACCACCAGGUGGCGCGAGUGUGCAAAGCAGAUGAAUGAAGUGGGUGGGGACACUGCAGCGUGGACCCAACACUUGCCAGAAAGUCACCGCAGCAACAGUCAGUUCGAUUCUGAAGCUCGUGGAUCUCUGAAGUCGUCCUGACAACAGCUGACAUGAUGGAGAUGGAGAAUUCGUCGAUUGAUAUGUGUUCGUGGUACUACAACAUGAUGAGAAGCUCAGACCGCCUACUCCCCAACACUAGCGCCGCCAACAACAGCCUUAACAACUGCGACUACUCCCCCGAGACGGAUCCUCCCCUCGUGACGUCAUCAAUGAAGGUCUACACCUAUUGCGUUCCCAUCAUCCUGGUCAUCGGACUCCUGGGUAACCUCGUGUCCCUCCGCGUCUUCCUGUCUCGCAACAUGCGCAAGCUGUCGGCGAGCACCUACCUGGCGGCCCUCUCCACCUCCGACAUCACAGCCCUCCUCUUCCACGUCCUCGUGGACUGGCUGCGCUGGGGCUUGCCUUCCCUGAACAGCGACAGCGCUGCCCCGGCGUUCCUGAACACCCCGGGGGUCUGCCACGUGCUGUUCUACUUCUCCUACGUCAGCCGCUUCCUGUCGGCGUGGUUCAUCGUCACCUUCACGGUGGAGCGCUACAUCGGGGUGUGCCACCCGUUACGGAGGAAGGACAUCUGCGGGAGUCGUGCCGCACAUAAGGUCAUCUCCAGCCUGGUAAUCAUCGCUCUGGUCGUCAUGCUGUACAAGCCCAUCCUCACCAGCGCGCGGGUGGUGCGCACUCAACACGAGGAGCUCACGCGCUGCUUCCCGGAUCCUCAGCGACCGAUGCUGGUCUUCACGCUGGACAGCAUCUACGGGCUGUCCAUCACGGUCCUUCCUUUCGUUCUCAUCUCUGUCCUCAACGCCCUCAUCAUCCAGAAGCUGCUGAGGCGCUACCACCGCCACCGCCAGUGCCACGUGGUGACGGAGGAGAGCAUCAUCCGCAUGGAGUUCACCGUCAUCCUUCUCGUCGUCUCCUUUGUCUUCAUCAUCCUCAACCUCCCGUUCUGCAUCGUUUGGUGCAAGCGUUUUCUGCUGUCACGCCUGCACGUGCGAGCGUCCGAGGACGCCCUCUACGACUUCGACAACCUGGAGGGCGUGCUUCUACUGACGCGGGUCGUCUUCUACAUCAACUACUGCGUCAACUUCUUCCUCUACAGCGUCACCGGAGCCUACUUCCGGCAUGAGCUCAAGAUCCUGGUCUUCUACCGCAGCCAGCGUUACAGCAGUUACAUCAAGUGCUCACGCGUAGAUUCCAGCCCCACUACUCCUCAGUCGUGGGUGUGACUAGCACGCGGUCGCUGCUGUCGGCGUCAGCUGCCUCACCCUGCUCGAAGUCGAGAACACUUAUAACAAGACAAUAUGUUUUGCUCUUAACAAAAAGACAGACGAGGGGAAAGGAAAGCUGCAGACAUCACAGCUCUUGAUAUAGACAUCACGUACGCCUUUGACUCUUUUUUUUCUCGAGGAGGAGAAUGAGUGUUUUUCUUAACUGUGAUCCAAUGGAGGGGAAUAAGAGAGCGAAUGUUUUGAAAAAGACCAGGGAGCGUAACAAAGGGAUUGUAAUAAAGACUAGUCGCGGGAGAUGUCGCUGCAUUUGUACUGAAGGUGUGUUUGCUUUUUAGAAAAUGUUGCUGAAGAGAUGUUGCUGCAAUUGUGCUGAAGUAGUGUUGCUUCAACUGUACCUGUAAAGCUAUAAUUGUUUUGAGGAGCCGGAGUUUAACUGUAACAAUAACAAAGAGACAGAGAGAAAAACAAUUUGACCAAUGGUCAGCAAGUGAGGGAAAGAAGAGAAGAAGUUGAAAGUCGGAGUCGGAACGGUAACCACUGGUUGCAGAGGCGGUAAAAAGAUCGACAAUCGGUAAUGAUUUCAUUACAACGCCAUUUUGGUAGCCAUUGGUUUCGAUCUGACGCGGCACUAGAUGUCUGCAGCUGCGACGUGGAAUCAGAAGGGGGGCACAGAUAGGGAUUUUUGAUUAAAGAAAAGGUCUGUCACACGUGACACUAGCUUUGCCUCUGACUUUUGAAAUAAAUACUUGGAUCGUUCUGGUCCAAGAAAUGUCCCUGAAACACCAAGCCCUUCAAUCUUUUCAGGCAACACAGCAAACUAUUUUAAGAAACCUCCGCCUCCACCUCGAUCCUAAGGACAACAAAGUGCUCACGUGUUGCUGACGGACUGAACUAACGUGCAGCAAGCAGGAUUGAGAGAAGAUUAGAAGUCGGUGAAUGUUAAGCCCAUUGAAUGGCUUUGUGACUUGCAUGGAAGUCUUUCCCGGUGUACAUGUUUAUUUGGUGGAUCAUGCAGAAACUGAUAUUUUGUCUUCAUUUGUUUCGCAAUAGGCUUUAUUCUUUGUUAUUGUCUGCAACUUUGCCAAAGCCAGUCUGGCGACCACAGAGUGUCUAGCAGACGUGUAGGACCUUGGUUCCGACAGUGACAACACUCGGUGACUGGAUGUUCGGCAUGGAACGUCUAACACCCGGUGAUUCUGAAGCUCUUAGUUUUAUUUCUUAUAGUUUUUCUUAUGUUUCACUGGAGCUUCAACUUGUUCCUUCACUCUAAAUAAUUCAUGAAACCUUUCCCCAUUGACACCCAACCUUUGAUUAGGUCCUAGUUUCUCUUCAAUAAAUAAUCUCUUUUAGAAAUCACAUCCCUUACAGUAAAAUUUCAGUUUUUCGUAGACUGCGUGCCUUUUCCUUAUAUCCAAUGUCCAUUGCACCUUUUUCCAUUAAUUUGUUUCUCUUUGUUAUCCUCAUUAAUCCCAGGUAAAAUUUCCCGAUGUGAUCGUGUGACAAAUCUGAAACCUCACCAAAAAAUGACAAAGUUCUUUCUAGAAUAUUCGCUAAGAAGCGGAUUAACUUUGAUUUCUUUUUGCGUUAACAGAAGAGUUCCAAUCUUUAGAGAUUUCUGUCACAAACCUUUAGUUUCACAUUUCUCUAGAGACAAAGCGCUUGGCAUCAGCCAGUAGCUUCUUAUUCUCUUACAGCAGUCUUAGGGAAACAUUUUCAACGGUCUGGAGUUUUCAAGCAGGUGACAGGCCACAUUAGUAGUUUUGAUUUGUUGACCCUUUUUAACUUGAUUAUAUGCAAUCAAGAUGUGAAAAAGGCGGAAAAUAUCUUGAGGAUAUUUCAGCCUUUUUUUUUUUUUAAUAUGGAUUACAUUUAUUUUCACUCAGGCAUGAGUUUAUAGUUAUCGAUAGAAGUGAUGAAGUUUGAAAUAUAAGUUCUUUUUAUAAUGUAAAAAGAAAAGAAAAGAAAUGAAUAUCUGAGGCCUUAGUCCCUUCCUGAAAGACACUGAGCUGAAACAACAACAAAAACCGUCUGGGGAUCGUUUCCUGUCGGUCGGAGGCAGGAGAUGUAUGCAAGUUGCGGAAACGUCAAGAAGCUUUUUCCUUUUGCUCGCCUGAAACUAUGUCAUGGCUAAUUACUGUGACAGCGAUCGCUAGUCCCUAGAAAUCCCAUCUGUAUUUUAUGUCUGUGUCUAAGAAACUGUUCUGAGUUCAGUAACGCAUGUGCGUGCUUGGAGUGUAAGAGCAGGGCAAGUAAAACCCACUGUGUCCUUUCACAGGACUUUCUAUGACCGGCUUAUUAAUAACAUGAAAUUCAGCUCAAAGAUGUGAGGAAGAUAUUCAUGGGGGAUGUAGUGGAGGAUGCUCAGUGAAGGAUGCUGUCUUAUGCAACCCAGAGGGCACAUUCGCACAGGACAGAGAGAGGGGUGUGUGGGAUGUAGACAGGAAGGGUGGUGAGCUGUUGCAUGUCAGUUUGUGGGUGUGUACACCAGACCUGGUACUCUCGAAUCCAUUAUAUUAGCAGAUUGUACACAACGCAGACUUCAAAGGUCUCCUGUGUUCCAUUUUGUCCACGUCGUGCCCCAUUAGUUCUAACAGCUAGUCGCAUGUCACGUGCUGUACCAAAUGCCCCCAUCUUGGUAUUUCGAUUGCCAUAGCAGUAACGGAACCAAGAGUCCAAGCUAUCUUUCGCCUUGGCGAAACCUACCUCGACUGCCUUCACCACAAUUCUUCUUAGAACGCUGGCUUCGGCAUCAACAUGUCUUCCCUUCGUGCACGAAGUAUCCAGCGAGCAGGAGCUUGAAACUCGUCUCGCGAGAACUGAUCCCCGCUCCGUGUCAAAUGUCCAGCAUGAUGUUGCACAAGCUGACAACUUGCCCUUCUGAAAGCAUCUCUUUCCGUCAAGAAUAUCAUAAGGGAAUCCAGUUAAGUACAGUGAAGAACCAAACUUUUGUCUAUGCGUUGACUGGAUGGACCUUUGACAGUGCCUUGGUAGACAUGUGGAUAGAUAAACAGCGACAAAUGGAAGGAUGGGUAGAUGUUGGACAAAUUGACAGAGCAGGACAAUCUGAAACAUCACUUGUUUCGUACGUGAGUGUCUUAAAUAAAAACUUCAAUAAAAAAGAAUCUACACUUUAAAGAAGCAAGUAGAUGAAGAAUGGACAACAGGGAACAGCGAACAUCAAAAGUUAAGGGUGGAUGAGGAAUUGGUGUUUUACCCCGAACCAGCAACUAUGGCUAUAUAACCCUGUCAACGGGUGCCACAUACAGAAAAAGGAUAGAAUGUCCGAGGCGAGAUCUGACCCCACGCCAGCCAAUCCUCACUGUAUUGGUGACCGGCACCAACCGUUCGCCACCGGACCAUCCAUAGAGAAGAAUUCGAACACCACUGAGAAACAAGUCAUACUUGAAUGACAUCAGAUCCUCUAUUCUGAACAUGGACACUGAAGACAAAUUCAAAUCUUUGCUCCAUGUUUGCAGAUGUGUUCAGUCGCCAUUCUUUCAUGAUCGCCUUUUUUACUACGAUGACAAACCUAUUGUUGCUCAUAAAUGAAUAAUUAUUACUUCAACAUCUACUUGAAUGUUCUUACCAUGCUUUAUAAGUUACACUUCAGAGUAUAAGUGUUUACAGAAAAUGUAACUUUACGAUAUCUUUUCUUUUUUGAUUCCUCAAAGGGCUACAUAUUUGGUUUUGUUUAAUAAGAUUAAUGUUAUGUAAAAUGUUGUACAAAUUAUUAAAACAUUUUUUAAUAAAAAAUAAGAUAAUUAUAUUGUAUGUCUGGAAACGUUCUUUGGAUUAUUUAACAUGUUACACGGUUCGUAGUAAAUUUGUGUAAACUGUGUUCAAAGUCAUAUGAACAGAUAAUAUUUGUAAUAUUUAGCGCUGUGAGUGCUCUUCUUGUUAAAAAUCCUGUAAUCUGCUGUAAAAAAAUUGUGGAAAACGUGCUUUAACAUCCUAUAAACAAAUUUGUGUCUAGAGUAUCUAUAGUCACCUAACGUCGUAAAUUUAUACGAAAUGUUUCAAGUCAUAUGAACAGCUUACUAUGUCGUAUUUGCUGUCCAUGUUACAAGAAUUAAUAUUAUAAAUAUUGUGGUGUGAUGUCAACUCGCCAUUAUAGUGUGGGCAUUGUCAGAAAACAUCAAUGACCAUUGCUUUCGGUGUGAAGCUCUCCCUCAAAUGUGAUAAACUUGCAGAAAUAAUGUUUAAUCAGUGCCCACAGGCUUUCGGACUGUAAACAUGAUGGAAAAUCGGGCACAAAGAAAAAUUGUUUAUUAUGUUUGAGUAAAGUGCAUCUUUAUCUAACAUUGUCCGCGCCAUCGUCAAUGCACUUUCUCGAAAGAUCCACAAAAAUUGUGUUGUCUCGCAUUUUGUAGCUCAGUUCGUGACAUUCUGCCUUGCCUGGUAUGUGAGUCAAAUACAAUUAUGUUUUCUUGUUAAAGCUUUAACUUUUGACAAUCAGUUACUCAUAACAGUGCUUGAUGCCGAGAUUUCACUCUCCCUUAGUACAGGUGCCUGGAGGCAUUGCCAUCAUGCAGCUUAAGUCAUCAGCUGCACUCGUAAUGAGCUUGGUGUUGCACACGUAAACCAGGUGUACAUUCCGUUACAUCAUCACCACCAUCACCACCACCACUACUACUACUACGACGAUGACGACGAAAUCCACCAUCACCACCACCACCACCACCAACAACAACAACAACCCAGCAUGUUGCGUUUCAGCCUUGCAUGACGAUUGUGAUUGCUUCUGACGACUUCAUCGGCGACCUGAUGACUUUUAUCAUCUUUUUUCAUUGCUUUGUAACGAUUGUACCAAAAAAUGAAUUAAUACAGUUUUUCAGUGA